GCAAUUCCACCUCCCCUCAGCAGCCGCCAUUCUCCGUCUCGCUCCCCGGAGGGGAGAGGACUCAGGCGCCUCCAGUCCGCUCGGCGCCGCGGAGGGCGGGGCCUGGAACCUGCGCGGGCCGGGAGCUGAGGCCGAGCCCCUGCAGUAAUGGACAUAUAAUUUUCAAAACAGCCAAUAGGAAAGAAAUGUUUAGAUUCAAAAAUGUCCCAGAUUCAUCAAGAUUAUAUGAGAGUCACCAGUGGACAGGUGAUUCCUGACUGCAAGAUAAGGUCUCUUAUGACUUCUGUCUUCCAACUUUCCCUGUUCUGACUUCAUAGUUUCUAUACUUUCCAAUAGCAGCAGAAAAUGAACAAGUUCCGGGGACCAGUAACAUUCAAGGAUGUUACUGUGGAAUUCACCCAGGAGGAGUGGCAGUUGCUGGAUGCUGCUCAGAGGACCCUGUAUAGGGAAGUGAUGCAGGAGAACUAUCGUCACCUCAUCUCAGUGGGUUAUUGUGUGAAUAAGCCAAAUGCAGUCUUCAAGUUGAAGCAAGGAAAAGAGCCAUGGAUAUUAGAAGUAGAAUUUCCACGUCAAAAGUACCCUGAAGACCUAUGGAAUACUCAUGACCAAGGAGCAAGAUACCAGGAAAGCCAAGCUAAAAAUUCAAGGAAUGGAGAACUCACAAAACAACAGAAAACUCAUACCAAUGAGAAAUCCUAUAAAUGCAAUGAAUGUGGAAAGUCCUUCUGCCAGAAGUCUGUCCUCAUAAUACAUGAGCAUACUCAUUCAAAGGACAAACCCAGUGAAUGCGGGAAAUCUGUCUCUCGGAAUGGAGACCUCACAAGACAACAGAAAACUCCUACCAGAGAGAAGACCUAUGAAUGUAAAGAAUGUAAGAAAACUUUCUACCACCUGUCAUCUCUCAGUAGACAUUUGAGAACUCAUGCAGGAGAGAAACCCUAUGAAUGUAAUCAGUGUGAGAAAUCCUUCUACCAGAAGCCACACCUCAUGGAACAUCAGAAAACACACACAGGAGAGAAACCCUAUGAAUGUACUGAAUGUGGGAAGUUCUUCUACGUUAAGGCAUACCUCAUGGUACAUCAGAAAACACACACAGGGGAGAAACCAUAUGAAUGUAAGGAAUGUAGGAAAUCCUUUUCCCAGAAAUCACACCUCACAGUACAUCAGAGAACACAUACAGGGGAGAAACCCUAUAAAUGUAAGGAAUGUGGGAAAUUCUUCUCUAGAAAUUCACACCUCAAAACUCAUCAGAGAACUCACACGGGAGAGAAACCCUAUGAAUGUAGGGAAUGUGGGAAAUGCUUCUACCAGAAGUCAGCCCUAACAGUACAUCAGCGAACUCACACAGGGGAGAAACCCUUUGAAUGUAAUAAAUGUGGAAAAAACUUUUACUAUAAAUCAGACCUCACUAAACAUCAGAGAAAACACACAGGGGAGAAGCCCUAUGAAUGUAAUGAAUGUGGUAAAUCUUUCUCUGUGAAUUCAGUCCUCAGAUUACAUCAAAGGACUCACACAGGAGAAAAACCCUAUGAAUGUAAAGAAUGUGGGAAAUCCUUCUCUCAGAAAUCACACUUUGUCAUACAUCAGAGAAAACACACAGGAGAGAAACCCUAUGAAUGUCAGGAGUGUAAGGAAACUUUUUUCCAGAAAUCAAAACUCACUGCACAUCAGAAGACACACACAAAGGGAAAAGCUUAUAAAGAGUAUAAAUUGGGAAGUUCUUCUGUCUGAAUUUAUCCUUCAGAAUAAUCAGAUAAUUAACAUGAGACAAAAACCUUAUGAAAUAUCAGUAUGGGAAAAUUUCAGCCACAGUCUUUCAUCAUGGAGAGAAAGUCUGUAAAUAUUUUAGGGAGAAAUUUUUAUCAUAUUUCAGACUUUUACUAAGUAUCAGACAACUUAGAUGGUAGAAACACUACAAAUUGUAAAACAUGAGGGAAACCUCUCUUUCAGAAGUCAUACUUUAUUGUACAGCAUAGAAACCAUAUGAGAGAAAUCCUGUAAGUAAGUGAAUGUAAGGAAAUUUCUGUCAGGGUAGCCAUCAUUUAGACAUCCAAAAGCUCACAUGAGUGAGAUUCCUAUCAGUAUCCUGACCAUUCAGAAAUCUUUUUAUAUCAGUUGGACUUAGAAUACUGUAAAAGAGGAUAAUCACAAAGACUGAAACACAUAUGGAAGGCUUUAUCAAGAAAUGAUGUUUUGGUGAAUGUCAGAUCAGUGAUAAAGUAUAGAACCUUUAUAAGUAUUUAAAUAUAUGAAAGCUUUUUAACAAAAAUUCCAAGAGAAUCUGUACCUAGGGUAACACUUUUACUAGAAGCCAUGUUGCAGAAAUCUGAUUACAAAGUUGUUGUUUUUCUUUUAAAGAAACCUGCAAAUAUCUAGAUAUAUGGAGCUUCUUAAAAAGCACAAAUAAAUUGAAUAACCAGGUGACAUCAUUAAACACAUGUGAAGAGUCCUGUAGUAUGUAGGACUUAUGUGUGAAUGUCAGUGUGCUACAGAAUACAGAUUGUGGAUGUUUGAUGUGCAUGUGGACCCAUCCAUAACUGUACAUAGGGAAAUAUGUAGCCUUAUUUAGUUCAGUAACUUUUUUUUUUUGCGGUACACGGGCCUCUCACUGCUGUGGCCUCUCCCGUUGCGGAGCACAAGGCUCUGGACGUGCAGGCACCGCGGCCAUGGCUCACAUGCCUAGCCGCUCCGCAGCAUGUGGGAUCUUCCCGGACCGGGGCACGAACCCAUGUCCCCUGCAUCGGCAGGCGGACUCUCAACCACUGCGCCACCAGGGAAGCCCUUAGUUCAGUAACUUUUAUGUAUAUGAAGAUAUUAAGUCUCAGCAGUGACUCUUGUUAAUAAGAAUGUGUAUUUAAGUGUAAUACUCUUAAAAUUAUAAUGUAUCUUUUCCUCCUAUUUCUGAAUGGAUUUGGAUUUUACUGAACUAAUCUUUCAGAAAGAAGCUAAAAAUGUUUUUGUAAAUUUUUCAACUCAUGGUCAGCCAAAUUUUACAUUAGGGAUACAUUUAUUUAUAGGAAAAACCUAAGUUCAUUUUAAAAAACAGCUGAAAACACCCUACACAAUAAAAAAAAAUGCUAUGUAAAGAAACGUCUGUCUUAGUGUUGUUUUAGCAGAUUGCAGAGCUGUCUGAAUUUGUAUUUUGUAUUAGAGUCCUAAACAUUCUUCACUACCUUUUUCUUCCUGGUAGAAGCAACGUGAUAUAGAGGUUAAGAGUGUGGACUCUGGACUCCUACUGCCCAGGCUCAGUUUCCAGCAUGAAGCAUGCACUUAACCUCUCUGUGCCUCAGUUUCCUUUUCUAUAAAAAAAGAAGUGAAAAUGUGUUAGGAUUGUUGUGAGGUGUAAAAAGUUAAUAUUUUUAAAGCACUUAGAAUAGUGUCUGAGACACAGGAAGAGCUAUAUGUUAGAUACUAUCAUCGUUAUAAUUUGUAUUUCUUGAAGUAUUUUGCAAAAUAAAUAAAAGGUUGACUACCAGCAUUCAUCCCUCAUUUCAUUGCUGUAGUGCCUUGGUUUGGUUUGGUUGUACAUUUUUCCACAAGUGAUUCAGAUCUGGCCCACCGCCUGCAACCUAAGAAUGGUUUUACAUUUCUGAAUGGUAGAAAAAUUAAAGAAUAUCUUGUGACAUGUGAAAAUUAUAUGAUAUUCAAACUUAAGUGUCUAUAAAUACAAAUUUUAUUACAACACUAAUACAAAAACAAAGCAAAAAAACAUUUGUACCUGUUUUGCCUGUGGCUGCCUUCACAUUACAGUAGCAGAGGUGAGUGUUAUGCCUCACAUGCCUAAGAUGAGCCUAAGAUAGUUACCAUCUGGUGCUUUACAAAUUUAAGUUUUCUUAGAGCUGAAAACAUCACAGCCAAUGUAAAGGUAUACUUUUAUAUACGGUAUGUUUCAGAAAUGAUGCAUAUAGCAAUCUGUGGGUAGGUGGGGGUUUUUCCAAUAUAUUAUGUGCAUUAUAUUUAUAUGUUACAAGACUAAGCAUUAGAAUUUAUUUUCAAACGUGUUUUACCUGCUGGACUGUUGUAACAUCAAAGCAAAUUUCCUGAUGGAAUGUAGCAGUAAAUUAUGAAAUAAACAUUGUCUAAAUUAAAUUAAUUGAUCCCUACUCACAGUAUUUCUGU